GCGAAAAGGUUCGGUCGCCUUGCCAAGUGUUGUCACCUUGCUCCUGCUCCACGUUCUUCCCGAACCCUCCACCGCCUCUUAAUACGCGGCGGCCCUAUCCCGGCAACGGCAGCGCAGCCAUUAAAUUCUUUCCCGAGCGAUUGAUUUGUGGAGUAGGAUAGGAUAGGAGUAACACCGAUCCAGCGCGUGCGUGUGUGUGUGUGUGUGGUGUUUGUUGGUCGGCGGCGAUGGACCAGCCGCAGCGCAAGAGCAGCCUGAGGUCCUACGGGUCGGCCAGGUCGCUGUCCCGGUCGGGCGAGCAGGACCUGCUGUCGGACCCCGGCGAGCGGCGGGAGGUGGUCGUCAAGAUCGACGGCAACGGCAACGGCCCCGCGCCCUUCUCCAUCUCCGGCCCCGUUCCCGGCGCGGACGUCGGCGCGCCGGCGGCGGCCGGGAAUGCGACCUCGAACGCCGCCACCUCGACGAAGCCGAGCAGGAAGCUGUCGAGCGCCGGCAGCUCGCCGACCAAGGGCUGGGACGACGGGACCUACGACUUCUGGAAGAACGAGGGCGGCGGGAAAGGGGACGGCCCCGCGCGCCGCGUCGAGGACUUCAGCUUCAAGAACCGCCCGGCGAAGCCGCCGCCGUCGUCGCCGCCGCUGUCCCCCUCGCUCAAUCCAACACAGCCCAACGCCGCCGCCGCCGCCGCGGCGGAGGGCGGCGGCGAGGACCCGCCCACGCGCCUCAUCGGGAACUUCCUCCGCAAGCAGAUGGCGUCCGGCGCCGAGCUGUCCCUCGACCUCGACCUGGAGAUGGAGGAGGACAUCGGGCGGUCGUCCUCGCAGCCGUCCAUGUCCCGCGAGCGGGAGGCCGCGCGCGUCUCCUUCAAGGACCACAAGAGCUCCUCCUCGUCGUCUUCCUCCGACUCCGACGACGCCGGCGGGCGCCGCCGCCGCAGGCGCGCCACGGAUGACAGCGAGGUGAUACGCGGCCCCAAUACCUCCACCCCGGCCGGAGCGGGGCCGCUGCUGCGGGCCAAGACGCGCUCCCGGCUCAUGGACCCGCCGCCGCAGUCGCCGGUCUCGGCGCGCGCCAUCGACGAGGAGCCGCGCAAGUCGUCCGCCCUGCGGCCGCCCAAGUCCGGCCAGUUCCCGUCGGGGCGCAUGACCGGCAGGUCCGGCCAGUUCCCGUCGGGGCGCAAGACCGGCAACAAGUCCGGCGCCGUCGGCAAGUCAGGCCCCAUGGAGGAGGAGGAGGACGACCCCUUCAUCGACGACGACAUCCCCGACGACUUCAAGCGCGGGAAGCUGGACACGCUCACCAUACUGCAGUGGAUCAGCCUGGUGCUCAUCAUCGGGGCGCUGGUGUGCAGUCUCACCAUCAAGAGGCUGGCCAGGAAGAAGCUCUGGGAGCUGCACCUCUGGAAGUGGGAGCUGCUCGUCUUCGUGCUCAUCUGCGGCCGCCUCGUCUCCGGCUGGGUCAUCCGGAUCGCCGUCUUCUGCGUCGAGCGCAACUUCGUGCUGCGGAAGCGCGUGCUCUACUUCGUCUACGGCGUGCGCGGCGCCGUGCAGAACGCGCUCUGGCUCGGCCUGGUGCUCGCAUCCUGGCACUUCCUCUUCGACGAGAACGUCCCGACCAAAACGCUGGUGCUGCCCUAUGUCACAAAGAUACUCUUCUGCUUGCUCGUCGCCACACUCAUCCGGCUUGUCAAGACGCUGCUGCUCAAGGUGCUCGCCUCCUCCUUCCAUGUCUCAACAUACUUUGAUCGGAUUCAAGAGGCGUUGUUCAACCAAUAUGUCGUCGAGACGCUCUCCGGGCCGCAGCUCGUCGAUGAAGACUAUGUACUUGCCGAGGUGCGUGAGCUCCAGCGCGCAGGCGCAACUAUCCCGAAAGAGCUCCGUGCCGCCUUGCCAGCCAAGAACCUAUCAGGGCAGAGGAGCAUCAGGAUCUCGGGUUUGAUUUCUAAAGGAGAAGGAAGCAGUCAGCUGUCGAAGGAGAAAAAACAACGUGAACUUGAUGAAGGGAUCACCAUUGACAAGCUCCAUAGGCUCAAUCAGAAGAACGUCUCAGCGUGGAACAUGAAGAGGUUGAUGAAGAUUGUUCGGUUUGGGACGCUCACCACAAUGGAUGAGCAGAUUCAGCAGGCAACAGGAGAUGGGGAUGAGUCAGGGACGCAGAUUCGCAGUGAAUAUGAGGCCCAAGUGGCCGCCAAGAAGAUCUUCCAGAAUGUAGCCAAGCCUGGAUCCAAGUACAUAUACUUGGCAGACUUGAUGCGCUUCAUGAGGCAGGAGGAAGCCAUCAAAGCUAUGCAUCUUUUUGAAGGAGCGCAGGAGCACUGUAGGGUCAGCAAGAGGUCUCUGAAGAACUGGGUGGUGAACGCAUUUAGAGAGCGCAAAGCUCUUGCCCUGACACUCAAUGACACAAAAACCGCUGUGAACAAGCUCAGCCAGAUGGGCAAUGUUGUCGUUGGCCUCAUAGUGUUUGCUCUCUGGCUUCUCAUUCUUGGCAUAGCGACGACGCAUUUCUUCGUCUUCAUCAGCUCGCAGCUUCUUGUGGCAGUGUUUGUGUUUGGGAAUACCAUGAAGACAAUCUUUGAGGCCAUUAUUUUCUUGUUCGUGAUGCAUCCUUUCGACGUCGGUGACCGCUGCGAAAUUGAGGAAGUACAGGUCGUUGUAGAGGAAAUGAAUAUCAUGACGACGGUCUUCCUCCGUUACGACAACCUGAAGAUCUAUUAUCCAAACAGUGUACUGGCCACCAAGCCGAUUUUCAAUUUCUACAGGAGUCCUGAUAUGGGAGAAGGGGUUGACUUUUCUAUUCAUGUUGCCACGCCUGUGGAGAAGCUGGCCCUCAUGAAGGAAAGAAUAUUACGUUACAUCGACUCCAAGAAGGAACAUUGGUAUCCCGGUGCGAUGGUUGUCCUCCGAGACGUCGAUGACACCAACAAGCUGAAAGUAUCCAUAUGGCUCCGGCACACGCUCAACUUCCAGGACAUGGGGAUGAGGUUCGUGAGGAGGGAGCUGGUGCUGCAGGAGAUGAUCAGGGUCCUGAAGGACCUCGACAUCGAGUACCGGAUGUUGCCACUUGAUGUGAACGUGAGGAAUGCGCCCCCUCUUCAGUCCACGAGGAUGCCGACGACAUGGAACUACUCCUGAAGCAGCUCCGGGUGCGCCGAGAAUAGCUUGUGAGAAACCGCAGAUACAGGAAUUAGCUUCCUCGUCUUGUGGUGAGAGCUGCAGGAGCCUGGUAGUAACUAGCAGGUAGCAGAUAGACGCAUAUAGAGUGAACAUUGGUGCGGUCUGUAGUGAGUGUGCUAUGUAUUAGUAUGAAAUGCUCUGGUACAUUUGAUGAUAGGCAUAUACAGUGAACAUUAGAAAUGGUUGAAAGAAGUCACAGUUGUAUAAGAGACGGGAAUGCCGGCAA